AUGCCACCACAAUCUUAUGUAACAAGAAGGAUAAAAGAGCUAGAAAGUGCAAGGUUUUCAGACCAAGCUUGCGCAAUUGGAACAGUUCCUAUUCGAAGAACCACAAAGGAGGAAUUGGCGAUGGCAGGAGCUCUUAAUCACAAAGCGAUUUCUGCCUCUGAUGCUAACUCACCUCAUGUAACAAUGAUUUAUGUGUAUAUGCAAAAAUUGGAACAAAGAAGAUAUCAUGGAGCCAGUGCGGUAAUUUCGGUGCAUAGUCUUAAUAUAACCGAUAGACACCAAUACAGCACAGCCAGUGUGUGGAUUGAGAAUGGUCCUUAUGACGCCCUUAAUAUGAUUAGCGUUGGUUGGAUGGUGAAAAGUGAUUCUGUCCCUCGAUUGUACUUAUACUGGACUGCUGAUGGAGGUCACAAAACUGGAUGCUAUAACUUGUUUUGUCAAGGAUUUGUACAAGUUGACCCCAAGAUUUCACUAGGCCAAAUACUUGAGCCAGUCUCUUCCUAUGGUGGACCAAUUUAUGAUGUAAAGAUCAAGGUCUUCCAGGAUAGAGAAACAAAAACUGGAUUCUCUAUUAUUCAGAAAAAGAUAUCAUAG